AUGUCUUCGAUAUUUCCCAAAUUAUCAUUUCAAGAAUGGUAUCAAGUAUUGUAUGGAUUAUGGCCAAGUAACCCUCAAUUUACUGAAAAAGAUAUUUCUUCAAAUACUUUGAAAGACAAGGUGGUUGUGAUUACUGGAGGUAAUAGUGGAAUUGGUUAUGAAACAGCUAAAGUAUUAGCUGGUAAUACUGAAGCACGAAUUUAUAUAUGGGCUAGGAAUAGACAAAAGUCUAUUGAGGCUAUAGAAAAGAUCAAAUUAGAAGUGGCUGAGAAACACCUGAAAGAUGUUGGAGAUAGAUUGCAAUUUAUUCAAAUUGAUUUAAGUGAUUUAAACUCAAUUGAGCCAGCCGUCAAAGAGUUUUUGCAACGUGAACAACGAUUGGACAUCAUUUAUCAUAAUGCUGGUGUUAUGGAAUCUCCACUGGAUCAGAAAACUAAACAGGAUUAUCAAAUGGAGUUAGGAGUGAAUUGCAUUGGUCCUCAGUUAUUGCAAACACUACUUGAUCCAUUAUUCAUAAAGACUGCAGAAAAGAAUCCACCAAACUUAUCAAGAAUUGUUUGGGUUAGUUCUACUGCUCAUAUGUUUUCACCAAUUGGAGGAAUGUAUUUGCGAGACCCAGAGUUCAAAUCUAUAGAUGUAGAGUUGAAGACAAAGUACGAUCAAAGUAAAGCAAUUAAUUUGAUACAGGCAAGACAAUGGAAUAUUCAUCACCCAGGUGCAAACGCAAUUAGUCUUUCAUUAUGUCCAGGAUAUUUAAAAACAGGAAUUCAACGACACGUCACAGGGUUGACAAAAUUGGCAUAUAAUUUGUUUUUCCAUGACCAGAAAAUGGGUGUCUAUACUUUACUUUUUGCGGGACUAUCUCCAGAAAUUACAACUAAAAAUAAAGGCGACCACGUUAUAUCGUUUGGGAAAUUGGGAUUGAUUCGACCAGACUUGAAAGAUGAUGAGAAUGGGAAGAAAGUUUGGGAUUAUUUGCAGGAUAAAAUUAAACUGUAUGUAAGAUAA